AUGUCCUACAUCGAGCGAAAGGCAUGGGAUCUUAAUACCCGAAUGCUUGCUGAAGAGGCCAAAGCGCUCUCGGAAUCGCAUUCAAGCACUGAUAGCGAGGACGCCAGCGCCGAUGACAACUACAACGAUGCGGCCAACAGCGAAUGUGGCAGCUUCAGCGACAGUACCCCCAGUGGCAUUGGAGGGGAGUCAGACAGCAAUCACGACACCAGCAGCAUUGGGGGGAACAGCGAGACAGAUGAAAGCGACCGCGGCGAGGUCACCGACAGCGACGCCAAUGCGAGUUACCACAGCAGCAGUGACCGACACGAGCCGCCGUACUUCGACAUAUGUAGCGCGCAACACACGUCAACCCCGACUGCCACAGAGUCUCGCUCUUGCUCGCCGUCGACCACUGGCGAGAUUAUCCCUCCCUCGACAGAACGAGAGGUGUACAUGGCCAUGCAAAGCUCCCCUUUGAGCCACUUGCGGUCACGUCCUCGCGGAGCUUCUCGACGUGCUCUAUUCUCAAGCUCCACUUAUUCGGACGGUCACCCCAGCGAGUACUCUCCCUCUCCUUCUAACCAAUCCCGCUGCACUGCGACUCAAUCCGAGCGCUCGUUUAGCGACCAUUCAGUAUCUCCGGUGCAGUCUAUCUUGGACGUCGAAGGACCAUCCUACACACCACACACCACAACGGCUGCGCCUUGGACCUGGGAGAUCCGAUUGAAGAUGUACCACCUGGAUACCGAGCUCCAAACUGUUGACGUGUCAAGGGAAAUGGCCCUGCAACAGUUCGAAGCCUAUCGCAGAUCUUUACAAGCGCAACAAGAACGAUAUCGCCGCCUCCUCGUUGAAGGUCCAGAGGCACACCCCCUUGAAAGCAGCAUCUAG